UGCGUUGCGGGGGUUGGCGUUGCAACUGUUUUCAUUUUUGUAGUUUUCAUUUGUAAACAAAUCAUUUUUGAAAUGCUCAGAUGUUUGGAUUACUGAGCAUAAUUGCCAGCACCAUUGAUGCGGUACUGCUGCAGCCUAUUGCGGCCACAAUUGAGACGAUUGCAGCAGCUGUUUACUACUUUUUUGCUGUAGGCUGGUUAAUCGGCUAUUGCCUCGUUCAAACUGCCGGCUUCAUUUGGAAACUCCUCUGCGAUGGCUUCCAGCUGGCUAAAAUUGUUGGGAUUGAGUGUCGUCUGUACUACGUGGAGCUACGCAACGUGAUCUGCGAUGUCUAUGAUUACAUUUAUCAUGGCACUGGAGAUGGAUUACAGCUGGCAGACAACAUAACCCGAGGAGUUGGUUUGUUUGUGAGCAAUCUACUCAUCGGAUUGGGAAAUCUGACGCUGUGGCUACUGAUGCUGGUGCCAUAUACCGUUCUCGCUCUACUAGAUUAUGUUAUACUGCUGCUUGAACAUUUAGGCAAUUACCUCUUGGGUAUUGGCACAUAUCUCCUACUCAAUGUCUUUCGUCUGUCCAUUGGUAUCGCUGUGCUCCUCGUGCUAUACAUGUUUCGUCGCUACGUCUAUCUCUGUGUAUUGAUGCUGCUUCAUAAGCUGCAUUCUCAGUUGUCGCAAACAUGGCAGUGGACGUGGAUGUUCCUCGAACGCAAAUGCUCGUGGUUACUGCACAAAUUUGAGGUGAACGAGGCAUCGCAUCCUGCAAGCAGCCGCUCGGAUUGUUGUGUUGUCUGCAUCGAACGUAAACGCAAUAUUGUCCUGCUACCAUGUCGCCAUCUCUGCCUAUGCAAGGAGUGCUCCCAGCAACUGCAUCGCUACGAAGGUGGCAAUCGUUGCCCAAUGUGUCGCGACUAUGUGGAAUCUGUACUGCCCAUUUACUCCUAGCAGGGACCAUCUAUGGAAUUAGUGCUGCCAAUUUUUAGCAUUAUAAUAAGCGUUUAGUGUAUAUAUUUUUAUAUCUAUGCAUAUAUUUUUGUACCUAAGAGUUUUAUCUAGUUAUAAGACAAGAAAAUGACACGUAUGUUUGACAUUCAAUAAAAAUCCAUUUUAUUGCA